GUAGUACCUGAUCUAGGUCUACAGAUAUCGGCGUUAAGGUUACGGCGAAAUUCGUAAUUUAAUUCGUUUGUCUCUACAUAGGGGCAUUUCAUGAAGCCACUUAGUUUGUCGGAAGCUUUAUAUUAUUACCAGGAAAACAACGAGUUUUGUAAUUAUCAUAAUUACCUGCAGAUAUUUCCUGCCGUGAAAUUUGAUACAACCUGACUAAUUUCAUUAGGGAAAAAAAGGUAAUUUUUUUUUCUUUUGUCAGACUGAGGUCACAAUAUUCAACUGUCCAAAGCUCUUUCAUACAUUCUUCGACAUGGUGCAUCAAAAGAGGGGCUGAAAAUGUCUGAAGGAUUUGUCUUUGUUGAUGAGCUGUUAAAAUUACGACAGUUUAAAAGAUAUUCUGAGAAUGAAAUCAGAAAAGUUGUUGAUGAGAAUGACAAGAAGAGGUUUGCCCUGAGACUUGAUCCAGUGACAAACAGGCUGCAAAUCAGAGCAAAUCAAGGACACACCAUCGAGGUUGAUGACCUUGAACUUAAUCCCAUCACAGAUCCCUCCGAUGCACCAGUUGUUGUGCAUGGCACCUAUCGUGAGUGUUGGGAGCUAAUAAAAGCUCAGGGUUUGUCAAGAAUGAGCAGAAAUCACAUCCAUUUUGCACCAGGAGAACCAGGGGAAGAAGGAGUCAUCAGUGGAAUGCGUUCAAGCUGUGAGAUCCUGGUGUUUAUUGAC